CCGAAAAUAGAGGAAAUAAUUGUUCUUCAAUUGAAGAAAGGGAAAAUAUUGGGGAAAAGAAUGGGAGAAGAAGCAAAAGAUGGUGAAGCAGAAUCAAUUCAAAACCCUAAUUCAAAUCGCAUUACACAAACCCAAUUUCUCUCAUGGAAGCGCCAAAAGGACGCGGAUGCAUUAGCUAGAAAGGCUGAAGUCGCAAGAAAGCGUGCAGAGGAUAUAGCUGCAGGGGCAGUGCAAAUGAAUGGUCGUGAACUUUUCUUGCACGAGCCAUGGGUCUUCGAUAACUCCCUUUACUAAUGUUGUUCUUCCGGUAAAAAUAUCUUCCAGUGUAAUUCUAAUAACAUAGUUAUUGUUAAGACAAUGAAAUUAUGAAUUUUUAUAUUUUUUUUUGUGUAAUGCCCACAGAAAUGUGGCUUUGAAACAAAAAAAAAUUCUGAAUUUUUUUAUGAGGACCUCCGUAAUGAGUAGGAGAAACAUUAUGUAUAGUUCCACCAUUUCUUUAAGGCCUAUUUUUACAUUUA